GACAUGUCGGGCGCGACGCGCGCUUGCCUGCUCGCAGCCGCGUUGCUGACCGUAUUCUACUCAGGAUGGUGUUCAGAGGACGAGGAGCGGCUGGUCCGCGAUCUGUUCCGCGGAUACAACAAACUCAUUCGACCCGUUCAAAACAUGACUCAAAAAGUCGACGUGCGGUUCGGUCUUGCCUUUGUACAACUCAUCAACGUCAACGAAAAAAAUCAGAUCAUGAAGUCGAACGUGUGGCUGCGAUUGGUGUGGAUGGAUUAUCAGCUGAUGUGGGAUGAAGCCGAUUACGGUGGUAUCGGAGUGCUGAGACUACCGCCUGACAAAGUUUGGAAACCGGAUAUUGUACUUUUUAACAACGCCGACGGAAACUACGAAGUACGGUACAAAUCCAACGUCCUAAUAUACCCUAAUGGUGAAGUGCUGUGGGUGCCUCCCGCUAUUUACCAGAGCUCCUGCACAAUCGACGUAACGUAUUUCCCCUUCGAUCAGCAAACAUGCAUUAUGAAAUUUGGCUCGUGGACUUUCAACGGGGAUCAAGUAUCUCUUGCUUUGUACAACAAUAAAAACUUCGUAGACCUAUCAGAUUAUUGGAAAUCGGGAACAUGGGAUAUCAUAGAGGUACCAGCCUACCUGAACAUUUACGAGGGAAAUCAUCCUACAGAAACGGAUAUCACAUUUUACAUCAUAAUUCGAAGAAAAACUUUGUUCUAUACUGUCAACUUGAUCUUGCCUACGGUUUUGAUCUCAUUCCUGUGCGUGUUAGUUUUCUAUUUGCCUGCUGAAGCUGGAGAAAAGGUGACUCUCGGUAUCAGCAUUUUGCUGUCACUGGUUGUGUUCCUGUUGCUGGUAUCAAAAAUAUUACCACCAACUUCCCUUGUGCUUCCACUUAUUGCCAAAUACCUUCUCUUCACUUUCAUAAUGAACACUGUCAGUAUCCUUGUCACUGUCAUUAUCAUCAACUGGAACUUCAGAGGCCCGAGAACGCAUAGAAUGCCUUUGUGGAUUCGAAGUGUGUUUCUCCACUACUUGCCAGCAGCGCUACUCAUGCGCAGACCACGCAAAACGCGCUUGAGGUGGAUGAUGGAAAUGCCAGGAAUGGGUGCUCCACCACACGCAGCCGCUCCUCACGACUUGCCGAAACAUAUUAGCGCCAUCGGUACAAAACAAAGCAAAAUGGAAGCUAUGGAGUUGUCAGAUCUGCAUCACCCGAACUGUAAGAUCAACAGAGCAGCAGGUGGCGGUGGUGAAGUGGGAGCACUCGGAGGUCUCGGUGCUCUCGGCGGACUGGGCCUCGGAGGCGAAAGGCGCGAGUCGGAGAGCUCAGAUUCCCUAUUGCUGUCUCCAGAAGCAGCUAAAGCAACUGAGGCGGUAGAGUUUAUUGCAGAGCAUUUGCGAAACGAAGAUCUUUACAUCCAGACUCGCGAAGACUGGAAGUACGUUGCGAUGGUAAUCGAUAGACUACAAUUGUACAUCUUCUUCAUCGUCACCACUGCGGGGACAGUCGGCAUUUUGAUGGACGCGCCGCAUAUUUUUGAGUAUGUCGAUCAGGACCGCAUCAUCGAAAUAUACAGAGGAAAAUAAAUUAAAUAUGAAUAGUAGUUUGUCUUCUGAACAAUCGUAUUUCGUUGUUCUCGUUGUCUCUCUCGUAUAAUCGUGUAAACGUUGCUCGAAAUCUAACAAUACUUCCGUCAACAGUAGCUUCCAUUAUACAGUAUUAUUUUAAUGUAUUAGACAAAGCUCACUUCUAUAGCACAUUGCCAUGUGAAACUUGAUUUGCUCAUUUGAUUCUACUUUAUUAUUGCAACAAUAAUUGCGAGACCUAAUAUAUAAGAUUUAAGAUGUAGUAGUUAGAAUAAAUUAAACAAUAAUUUUUAUAGAAUUUAAAAUGGCUGUGUUCGAUGUUUAUAAAAGCACAUAACAAAUAAGACGUAAGUUUGUACUUUUAUCAACUACAUACUCGUACAGGGUCAAGAGCACGUCA